AUGGACUUUUUGGGAGGGUUACCACGAACUCAAGCUGGGCAUGAUAUAAUAUGGGUGAUCGUAGACAAACUAACUAAAACCACUCAAUUUAUACCAGUAAGGGUGAAAUAUUCUCUGGGGAAGCUAACAGAACUUUAUAUAUGGGAGAUAGUCAGACUGCAUGGAGUAGCCGAGUCGAUAGUGUCGGACAGAGACCCUCGUUUCACGUCAAGAUUCUGGAAGAGUUUACAAGAAGCAAUGGAUGGCGACAAGGAGUUUCUUAGAGUGGCACCCAUGAAGGGAGUAACUAGAUUCGGCAAGAAAAGGAAAUUGAAUCCUCGCUACGUCGGACCAUUCAAAAUUUUAGAAAGAGUAGGCCCGGUAGCUUACCAGUUAGCCUUGCCACCAAAUCUAGCUAGAAUACACGACGUUUUCCAUGUCUCUAUGCUGAGGAAGUACGCCCCUGAUCCAUCGCAUGUCAUCAAAUACGAGCCUCUACAAUUACAAGAAGACCUGACUUAUGAGGAAAUUCCAAUGAAGCUAUUGGAUUGCAAGGUUCAAGAGCUACGCACCAAAAGCAUUCCAUUAGUAAAAGUUCUAUGGAGAAAUCAUGAAAUUGAAGAAGCGUCAUGGGGAUUAGAAGAUGAUAUACGCAAGAAAUACCUAUCUCUAUUUACUGAGAACUAUUAG